AGCGCUCCAUUUCCAAGUCAAGACAUUGUGUGGUCAUCAGCAGGAGGUUUUCUUGUCCAUGGUUAACUUGCUACUAUGAAACUUCAUGGGGUCAGGAGUAAAUGUUGAAGACUCACUGGGCAGCUCCCUUCCAAGUGUACAUCACUAAAUCAUCACCUCUGCUGGAUCUGUUCUUCCAGUGGGGCUGAACAUAUUCAAGGACGGGGCAUUGUAGGAGCGUACUCCUCCCCACUGUGCCCCCCCAGCCCUCCACCACCCACUUCCAACCAGGGACAAAAACUAAAGAGACAGGCAGGAUUCAGGCAAAUGGAAGAUGUUAGUUCAAGCAGAAACUGAUUGAUGCAGGGAGAGGGCCAAAGGAUCUUACCCAAAUCCGGCGCUUACCUAAUAUUCUGAUCUGGUUCCAGGUAAACACCACGGGAGGAAGAGAUCACAACACUGCAAAUACAAAAUACCACGAACGAACACCUCCUGUUGCAAACAAAGAUUGAGAUUUAGAGAGACCGUGGGUACGCAACUCUAAAAUACCGUGAAAUAUUUUAUCAGGUUAUUUCAAUAUCGUUAUGGAAGUUAUCACCACCUCUCCCCCUAUGCAUCUCGAUUCGUGAAGCCCAGUUAAAAGAUGGCGAAAAUGAGUUGGAUGGGUCGCUACAAGCCUUGAGACUCACCCUGAUGCCAUUUGUAAGGAACUGCCAGCGAGGACGCGAAUCAUUGCUGUACAAACGCACUCUGCACUGAAUUCAAAGUCUGCUGUAUUUGACUAUUGCAGCAUGCUUCUGGCUCGUCUCCAACAUUAUACCAUCCAUCUGAGGAUAUCAAAAUUCUGUUGUCUGUGUCUCAUCUUGAAGCAAGUCCCGUUCCUUUAUUGUUGGGAGAAAGUAUUGGGUGUGGCACAAGUUAACCCCACACCUAUUUGGGGAGAAUUAAUAAAACCUUAAGAUGAGAUGCUAGUAUGGAAAAUAUUGGUACAGAAGCAAUUAAUUCGAUACAUUAAGGAAGGAUAGGAUUUGCGACUAAUAUGGAAAAACCUCAUUGUUUAAACCUACCUCAGGAUAUAUUGUUGGAAGUAUUUAGAUAUCUAACACCGGUAGGAAAAGAUAACGUUCGUGCAACGUGCAAGUACUUCCAACAGUUAAUUGAUCAUCCUACUUUAUGGACGGAUAGUAUAAUUGUCCUAAAAAGUUUACAAUGCUGUAAUUCAAACUUUUGGAGAACGUUAAGAAAAAGGCGAAUAAGAUCUGUGGUGAUUAAGGAAGCAACACAGAAGCAACAACAGAGGAUGGUGAAUUUGCUACCUGACCUGAUAGCUGUUACUAUUGAUGUAAAAAAGAAUUUGGAGAGUCUAAGCACUUUUAAAUCACUUACAAAUUUACAGAAGUUACAGCUGAGUAAUAAAUUACAAGUGCUCGAUCAAAAACUGCUAAGAGAAAUGGCUUUGUUCAAACAACUGACUCAUUUGGUCAUAUGCACUUCAGUGUUUAUCCAGGACAGUUCGUUGUGCCAUCUUGCAGAAUUAACAAAAUUACAAGCACUGACACUUCACGCCGGACAGAAAAGCCCUUCCUUGACAUCACUUCAUUAUGUUUUGUUUCGGUUGCCCGAACUAAGAGAACUGUCACUAAGUUCUGUGGAAUGUUGGGAUAAUUUAUCAUUGUGUUUUACUUCACCAGAAAUGACAACUCCUAAACUGACAGAACAUGACAGUUUUGAGCCACAAAACAUCUCUCGACUUCGAUUAGAGAAGCUGAGCCUUUUGAAUAGCAUCAAUGGUCCACUGUCUGCUACAGCACUCCAGCAGUUGUCAAAAGUCUGUAGUUUUUCUGUGAGCCUCAGCAAGUCACCUAUAUCAUUGACCAGCAAUUUUGUGCACAGCAUGUUGGAGAACGUGACAAGCAUCACUGAACUGGAACUUAGCUGGACUGGACCAGUUGCUGAGUAUGUGAAGAUUUUGCCAUCAGGUCUUGCAAGCUUGGAUUUAAUAAAUACAAGACUCUCCAGUGUUGAUGUACAGCUUCUGUCCGAGUCAUCAGGAACAACUCUUAAACACCUAGGCUUGGUGCUAUGCAGCGGUAUCACUGAAAUAAUGCUAAAGCGAUUGCCAAAACAGUUUCCUUUUCUGCAGAGCCUUGACCUUAGUGGGUGUAAAUUGUUGAAACCAGACAUUUUGGUUGGCUUUGCGGAGCUAGCAUUCCUAAAGGAAGUCGUAAUUUCAAACAAUCCACACUUAACUGAUGUAACACUGAAGCGAUUUCAAAUGUUAACUGACAACAGAGUGCAUGUAACACAGAAGAACAAGAGAAAUCAUGACAGAUGUGAUUGUUAUUUUAGUUUUGGUAUGUGAGUGGAUGAAGCAAAAUGUUUUGUGCAUGAUUAAGAUUAUAAGCUUGACCUGAGAGCUGAAGAAGUGUGUUGAUGAUUUGGAUGGACUGGAUUGACAACUUUCGUGUUAAAUGCCUGGUGGAUGGAAACCUAUGAAGAGAAAUGACAUGUUUUUUGAUAUGUGCAUGCAUAACAUUUGAGUUCUUAAAAUUGGUGAUUGUCAUAAUAACAAGUCAUUUAUAGUUUAAUAUUAUUGAAUAAAUUGGUUAGUUAUGUUUGUUUAUUAUUCUAUAUUACAUGUGUAUGACCACUAGAGGGAUCUCCUACUCAAGAUAUACAUCAUUGUGAUUUUAAACCCCUGAAGAACUAUAGAUUUUAAUACAUCUUUCAUUAUAAAGACACAUUCUCAUGUUUCCCAAGUUGUUUUCCUUCUUUACCAGGGAAUAUUUGUUUGUCACAAGCAGGGUUGAUAAAGCCAAAUGGAGAAUUUUAGCAAAACAUUCAGACCCAUUUAAAAAAAAGAUAAUGAUGUUCUUCUGAAAGAGACCUGUUUCUGUUGCAUACAAGAUGUCCAUAAAUUGUACAAUGGGAAUUUUAUUGUACGAUAAUUUUAAUAGCUGCAAAGCGCGAUGCGAUAAGAUAGUCAUACGGCAUGGAAGCACAUCCUUCAGUCCACUCACCAACCAUGUUCCCAAACUAAACUACCCCUGUCCUUGGCCGAUAUCCCUAUAAACCUUGCUGAUUCAUGAACUUAACCAAAUGUUUUUUAAAUGUUGUAACUCUGCUAAUGUUUAUUGUCUCACACUGAGCUAAUGGCAAAUUGGUGUAGUAUUAACGUCUAAGAGGGUGUCUUAAACUUUAUUUUAAUUUCACUAGGUACCCAGAUAACGUUCUGGGCACGUGGGUUCGAAUCCCACCAUAGCAGUUGAAUUUGAAUUCGGUAAAUAUCUGGAAUUAUUUAUUUAAUGAUGACCAUGAAUUCAUUGUCAAUUGUUGGGAAAAGCCCAUCUUGUUCACAAAUGUCCUUAAGGGAAGGAGACUGCCAUCCUUACUUGGUGUGGCAUAUAUAUGAUUCCAGACUCUCAACAAUAUCAUUGACUCUUAACUGCCAUCUGGGUGCUUUGAGAUGGGCAAUAAAAGCUAUCUACCUAGCGAUGCCACAUUCUGUGAAUGACUUUUUUAAAAAAAAUUUGCAAGUUGAGUGUACAGGUAAGUCCACUUAAUAAAUAGAUAUAAAGAUAUUUUUAACGUGACAAUAGUUUGAAGAGAGCAUCUGACUAGCUGUAGUUCCAAAGUGUGUUAGAUUUUACACAAUCACUAUUCAGGCUUUUAAGAUUUUAGCCAUUCAUUGCUUUUGCUGAUAAUGUGUAGCUGUCAGACCCUGGGUUUAAAUGGACAGUCUGUAACAGUGCCAUCUUGUGUGGUAUCUGCAGUGAGAUAUUUGGCAGAGCAUUAAGAUUCUGAUUGUGAUGUAACUUCAACUUUUUCCAGUAUAAUCAUUGCAAUUUGGACACUAUGUUAUUAACAAGGGCAGAUAGUAGUAAGAGUCCCUGGCUUAUGCUCAGGGAAAAUUUUCUAGAUGCUUCCAACCCAUUGAAAAAUGAGGCGCUGCUGUCCUGGGUUUGGGGAAAAAGGUAAGCCUAGUGGAUCAAGUCAGCCCUUACAUUAAACAAGCAAUGCCAAUGGCCUAGAAUGACGAUUACUUUCCACCAAUACAAUAUCAAAGAAUAAAGUGUCACAGGGAAUCCGAGCAUGACAAGAAACAUCAGUGCGUUUCCAGUGCCAAAAAAAUGCAAAUGAUGUAUAGUGCUUUUCAAGCAUGGAAAAUCAGGUGGGAAGUCAAGCCCCAACUUAGCCAGUCUUAUUCGACUCAUAAGAGCUAUUUUAAAAAAAGACCAGAAAUGGUGUUGGAAAAGACCAGUGAUAGAUUUGUUCAACAGUAAAGGGAAGAUGUAAUUAGUCCUAGUCAAACUAUUAUUCAAGAUGGAUUGAAGUGGCAAGACUUUAUUUAACCAUAGCAAACUUCAUGAUCUGAGCCCUAAACAGGAUCUUUGUGAUGUAGAAAUUCCCAGAAAAAUUAGUAACAGAGAAUGGACCUCAGUUCACAAACAAGGAUUUCAGGAAGUUCAUUUUGGAGGUGGGUUUCAAGCAGAUGACAAGUUCUACACCCUGUUCUGAAUUGACUGAAAAGAUCAAUCAAGACCAUAAAGUUGCUGAUGCAUAAGAAUCCAAAAUUAGAAGUUCUACUCAUCACUAUUGAAUAAUUGGUACAUGUCAGCAGAAUUGUAAGUGGAUUAAAAACAGAUGUAUCAUUUCAGAACAUAAUCUCAAGCCAAACAUAACCUUUCAAGAACAUUGUUAGGUAAAAUAACUGGAGAAAAUCCACAGUAAAAAGCAGCAGAGGUGGUGUAGCUCUAGACACAGGGUUAGAGCAGAAAGUCCAGUUAAGGGAUAAGAAGUCAGAAACCAUGGCUGUCAGACAAACUUGUCAGUGAAGACCUUAUACUGUCAGAAUGCCUGAAGGGAUAUUUGGGGACAACAGGAAGUCAUUGAUGUUGUACAAGCCAAGAAGUGAGGCUUAGUAUGAUUAUUACAGAAUUUGGGACAGCCAAACCUAUGCCAUCAGAAAACGUGCAGAAAGGUACAAUUCCAGACUUGUUGCAACAAAAUUCUUGUGUUGAAUAGAAUGGGCCACAUCAGGGAAUCCAAUCACAGUUCUAGAUUGCCUUAGCCUGCUAAAUUCAGACUCUGAUGUGGGAGGGAAGGAUUGAUGGUAAAAACAGUGUCAAUGAUAAUGAGGUUAUUAAUGACAUAUUAAUAUCACAAACUAUGUUCACAAAAGCAAAUUACUGGGAUAAUUUAGGUCAUAGGGAAAAUUUUGAGGGAAGAUGUAUUGUAAUAAAAUUCAUAUAUGAUAUGACUGCCACCAGUCAGAGAGAACUCAUCAGAAUAGAGUGAGAAUGUUAAGAGACAGGUCUUAAACAAUAUUCUACAAACUGCAUUUACUAUCUUGCAAUGUGCAGGCAUAAAUGAAAUGGGUGUAUAGCAUAUCAGAAGUGGAAGAAUCUAACUUAGAGGUAAAGCACCUGUAGUCAUAGGGACAAUGUAUGUGCAGUCUUCCACAGCCCAGAGGUACACCAGACCUGUGUCUCAAUGUACAGGUAGAAUUAUUAGUUUAAAGCACAGUAUUAAUCAUUUACAAUAACAUAAGAUUUCUAGUUACUGAUGACAUCAAGAGAUGAGGUGAUAGUGCAAGAACACAAUGUUUUGGUUAAUGAUCAGCCAUGAUUGAUAUAGAAUGGCAGAAAUGGCUCAACAUGUAAAAUGCUCCUGCUUCUACGUUUCUACAAAGGACUAAUUUCAAUCCUUUCUAGUUAUGAAGACUAAAUGAUGUGUGGGAGUAAGGAUGGAUAGCAAUGGACUUAAUGUACUUAGAAAGCCUUGCUAUUAUUGUUUGCUGUUCCAUUUAAACGUAAGCUACAUGUUUUCAAAGAUAACUUACUACUUUUGCAAUUAUAGUUUUUUUAUUUGAAGUGCUUUGCUUUGACUUCACUUUUGAGCUUGCAGUUUGAUAUCAUUAUGGCUGCUGAGUGACUCUUCUCAUGUGGUUGCAUAAUCACAUGAUAGAAGAGAACAUACUUCACAUUUUUAUAACAUUAGACCAGGGCUGGUUGAGAACAGGCAACAGGAAGGGAAAAUUUUUACAGGGAAUUUUAUGGUAUUCUAUUUUCCAAAUGAGUAACAGUGACAAACACGUGAUACCAUUUCAACGUUCGAUGUUCCAAAUUUUACUUUGUUUCCUACUAAUAAAAUAUUUAGAAAUAAGAUAAUUUUCUUGGUAACCUUAAUAUAAAUAAAGGGAUAAGUAAAAAUAAAUGUUCGAAUAAUUUUUGUGACUAAUGAUGUAUAUAUCAUUUCCAU